AUGGACGCACCAGCACCACCACCACACACUACAAGCGCCAGGAACGCCGACGGCAACCCACACGUGCUUGUCGUGCCGUACCCAUCGCAGGGUCACCUGGUGCCGCUCCUCGACCUCGCGGCGCUGCUCGCCGCACGGGGCCUGGCAUUCACCGUCGCCGUCACGGCAGGUAACGCGCCGCUCGUCGCGGCACGCCUGCCGUCCGUCGCCACGGUCGUGCUUCCCUUCCCUGCAUCGCCCUUCCUCCCGGCCGGGUGCGCCGAGAACACCAAGGAGCUCCCGGCCCACCUCUUCCGGCCGUUCAUGGCCUCCCUCGCUGCCCUCCGCGCGCCGCUGCUCUCGUGGUGCAAGGCUCAGCCACGCCGCGUCACGGCCGUCAUCUCGGAUCUCUUCACGGGGUGGACGCUCCCGCUCGCCGACGAGCUCGGCGUGCCGCACGUCACGUUCGCGCCUGCCAGUGUUCACUACCUCGCUACAUCGCUCUCCCUCUGGCGCCGCAUGCCCACGAGGCGCGACGACGACGACACCGUCGCCUUCCCGGACGUGCCAGGCUCGCCUAGUUCCCCCUGGCGCCACCUGUCUUUGCUGUUCAGGAUGCACGUGGGCGGCGACGACGACGAGGUGUCAGACACGAUCCGCAAGAUCUUCCUGUGGAACCUAGAGAGCUGUUGCUUCGUGGCGAACUAG